GCUUGACCGGCAGUUAGUCGACGGCAAGUUACGUGGCGCAAGGUGUAAGCAUGGGCUUGUCAGACCUGGAAGCGAUACCCGAAUCGGGUGCGGUGUUUACGGUUGGCCGAAGCAGAUUCGCAGACAACAUUGCCUCACAUUUCUUCAUCCGAAAAGAUCCUGUUGUCUCCAUCACAUGCGGCGACGAACAUUCCGCUGUGAUUUGUCAAAGCGGUAGACUGUUCGUCUUUGGAAGCAAUGAUUGGGGUCAGCUCGGUCUGGGCCAUAGAAACCACAUUAGUAAACCGUCUUGCGUAAAAGUGCUGAAGCCGGAAAAGGUCACACAUGUCGCAUGUGGGCGCGCACACACACUAAUUUCCACAGGAGCGCAAAAGAUUUUUGCUUGUGGCAGCGAUCAAGAAGGCCAACUAGGUCGAGGAACAUCGGCGAUAGGUGAUUCUUCAAGUUCUCCAGUAUUGGUGUACGAUGCAGGAUUGGCUGGGUCAAAGAUACUUCAACUUGCCGCCGGUUCUCAUCAUUCUCUCGCCCUUAUCAGCGACGGUGGGGUGUUUGCAUGGGGCAGCAACCUCGAAGGACAAUUGGGUCUCCCGGAUGUCUCUGGUUUGGUUAAUAAACCGACGAAGGUCCAUAUUCCUGAACCUGUCAAACAAAUUAGCGCUGGGUACUAUCAUUCUGCAUUUCUGACAGAAAGCGGUCUGGUUUACAUCUGUGGUGAGUCGGAAAGUGGAAAAUUGGGAAUCGAUGUCAAUUUUUCUACGCAAAUUACCCCGAAGCAAAUGCAAUUACCCAGCCCAGCUGUUCACGUAGCAUGCGGUGGUCAUCACACGGUUGUUUUAGCGGAGAACGGGAACAUCUACUGCACCGGAAGCAAUUCGAAUGGACAGCUUGGUUUAGGAACAAACGUCACAGAACUUCACACUCCAAAACUUCUGUCACGUGGCAUGUUACAAAAUGAAACAAUCAGUCGGAUUUCUUGUGGAGAAAGUCACACAGCCAUUGUUACUGAAUCUGGAAAGCUUUUCACGUGUGGGGAUGGAAGACACGGAAAACUGGGGUUGGAGGAAAAUGAAAACAACGUUCAUGAAUUAACCUUUGUUCAACGAUAUAAAGAACUGUUUGUAUCGAAGGUGGCAUGUGGUGGCUGUCACACAAUUUUGCUUGGCCAAAGGCGCGAAAUGGAAGGAAAUCAUACGGCGAGAGAAAUUUCACAAACGGAACACAUGCAGAAGAGGAAUUCUCUUCCACCCUUAAAGCUUCCUGUAAAUAAAUUGCAUACAGAUCCUCACGAGGAGAACACGACCGACACAGUAAAAGCGCAAAUAAAUCCAGAGAAACCAGCUCUUCCGCCAAUGAUAGAAGCACAAUUAGACAAUGAGACAAAUAACGAAGAAAAUACGACGGACAAUGCUAGAGAUUCCAUGAAUAACGUCGAAAAAGUAGACAGUCCGCAAGAGUCUUCGCAUAGCGCAUCACAAAAGACACCGGACACCAUAGUGGACAAAAUGGAGUCGGAAAUUGCACAGGACGAAGCGUCGGUGGCCGCAGAAGAAUCCCAAGAAUCGAAAGAACAAAACGAAAAGCACGAAUUAACAAAUGACAAUGAGAAAGUGGAGCCGAAGGUGGAUGCAGAGAACAAUAUCAAAGAGAAUGCGUCUGAAACAAACAAUGAACAAACUAACAAGGAGAACAAUAACGAAGUGACAAACGAAGCGUCGAAAAAUGACGAGGAGAAUCACACGGAAAAUACUGAGAAAGACAGUGAGACAGAUAAUAAGCAAAGCAAUGACGAGAAUGAAAAAUCAGAAGCGAUGAACGAAAAAACAGAAUCGAAUACCGAUGGUGACAAGGAAAAAAGUUCUGAGAAACAAAUGUCUCCGAUUGCGACACCGCCGCCAAAACCACCGAGACUGAAGCCCGGAAGUGCAAGCUCCGAUGAGAGAACAUCGGAAAAGGAAAAGGAAAAUGAAAACAAGGACGUGGAAAACGGAGAGAGGAAAGAAGAUAGUUUAGAUAAGGAGGAAGAAACAAAGGAGGAUGAGUCGAAGAAACAGGAGUCGAAUUCGAUGAAAUCCUCGGCGAAAAGCAAAAGUUCGAAGUCGAGGAGAUCGAUAGCCGAUGCAGAGGAUACAAUAGAAAUCGAUAAGCAGGAUGACAAGGAAAAAAUUGUUGAUGAGGAGAGGACGAACGCUGACAAUGCGCAAGAUGAUGCUGAUGUUGUACAGUCACCGCCUCCUAAAACGGGUAGAAUAUCGAAGAUGUUUAAAGCGAAGAAACCGCAAGCAACUGAAAAUGGCACAAAAACCGCAGGUGCAGUUAGCCACAAACCCAAGUCGAAAACGUGUAGUAUCCUGUGAUUAAGAUGUUAUUGACAAUGUAUCAUACCGCAUUACAGUUUUCAUAAUAAUAAGUGCAUGAUUAUAGUGAGAUUGGGACCAAGGCGAGUGAUGUUAAAAAGUGACUUCAUUUACGACUAAGAAUAACUUUCCAUUAUACAUAAAUUAUAACACUCGAAUUUAUCCUGUUGAUCCAGCAUUACAUACCUGCUUUGUUUUCUAUUUUUUAUCAAAUAAUUUCAUUCGAUCAUUGAUGUAAAAUACGUGUAUUACAAGGUGAGGAAUCUGGAAGGUCAUAUUUAAACAUCUUAGUUUUUCAAGAAACUGGGAAUCUUUUUUAAAGAACCACUUUUUUCUAUAACAUUUUUAUUCGCGGAAGAUUUCUGAAACUUUGAAAUUAUUCAUAAUUUUUUGUACUAAUUAUAAUACCGAAAUCGAUAGAAAAAUGUAUCUAAAUAACCUUACAGAUUUCACGCAAAAAGUUUCAACGAGAUAUUCAUGAAAUGUUGACUUAGAAAAGUACUUGUAAAUAAGAACACGACUGUAAAAGACGAAAAAUUUUAACUUGAGUCCUGUUAACUUUCAUAACUAUUAUAUUGUAUAAGGUGUUCACGUAUUCAUUUAAACAAUCUUUUGUAUAACUGCUGUGUACAAAUAAAAGUAGAUACCGAAGAAUCUAAUAAAAUCAUUCUUCACAAAUAAAACAAAUUAUGAGAAUGUUAAAAACUUGUUUAUUUCCAUUUAGGCCAUCAGGAUAAUUGCAGAGACAUUGAUGUAUAAAGGUAUUAUUUAAAAAAGAGUUGUCAUUUUUACAAUUAAACGUCAAACUUUCAGGUUUUCAAAUUCAGACUGCUUACAUAUUUAACCUCUCAAAAUGGAAGAAAGAAGAAACGAGUGAAAUGCUCAAAAAU